AUGCUCCUAAAUUGGGUUGCUGCUGUGUUGCAGCAUUCGCAGGGCCUGCGAGGUUUGAUAUCAGCUGGUGUUUGUUCUGCGUGUGUAAUCACGAGCUUCAUAUGCACAAGCAGCGCACAUUCCCUCGUUUUGAUGUCGUCUUCUUGGAUAGCCGUGUUUGCAUUGUGCUCAAUUCUUUCUUCAUUAUAUUCGAUGACAAUUACACAUAAGGCGUUGAACAAGUUUUCAUAUGGAUUGGCCCGAGUUCCCGUUUUAGCUGUAUUCAGCACAACGGUACUUGCCCAACUAUUUUCAAUUUUUUUGAUGAAAGAAUCGUUUGAACAUCUUCUGGCACCUGAUCACCAUGGUUCUGGGGGACAUGAUCACGAUGGCGGUCAUAGCGAUCAUUCGUCAAGUGAGGUUAGCUCAUCUUGGCCAUUUUUAAUUGGCGCUUUAUCGACAUCAAUUGCGUUGAUUGUGUCAGCUUAUUCAUUGAGACAGCAGCCUUUUCAACAUGUUCUGACGGCUGCCGCCUCAAGUUCAUUACAAGAGCAUGCUGCAGAUCUUUCUCAUGCCAUAUGCUGGAUGGUUCCUGGAUUGUCACGCUUGUUGUUACCUCGGAUCAACGCAAUGGUGCUUCUUGCUAUUUCGACUUCUUCUCUCCUUGUGUUUUGUGAACAGUUUAGACAAGAUUUUGCUUGGGCGGAUCCCGUAUCUUGUAUUAUUCUCUCCAUAGCCGUCUUUUCGACAAUGUAUCCUUUAUCAACUUAUACUGGGCGUAUUUUAUUACAAACCGCCCCACCUCAUCUUCUCAAUCAAUUGGAUCGUUGUUUAAAUGAGGCUUCCACGAUUGAUGGUGUUCUUGAAUUAAGGGUGGCACAUUUUUGGCAACUCGAUUUUUCUCAAAUGGUUGGAACUGUUGAGGUACGGGUGAGAAGAGACGCAGAUGAGCAAAACGUUCUCGCAUUGGUCACCGACAAGCUUGGAUCUUUAGUUAAUGUGCUAGCUGUUCAGAUUGUCAAGGAUUCUGCGUGGGUAUCUACAGAUGAUGCUUUGGCCGGAUCUACUUUUAGCUUCACCAGUCAAAAGUUGAACCGAAAUGAAAAUGUAGGCAAUUUCGACAAUCACAACGGGCAUGGGCAUUCGCACGAGUCAGGAAAUCACGGCCAUUCUCAUGGGCCAGCUACUAGCUAUGGGGCCCCAUCGCUAAAUCAACCGCCUCAAUACGCCUAUCAGCAAGCUUUCCCCCCUCAGAGUUCAAACCAACCUUCAAGUACGGUACCAGGAGGACCAUCUCAGUAUGUAGGACAGUAUGCGCAAUCACACCCUAUAAGCGGAAGUAUGGCCUCAGCCUCACAUCAGCGCGUAUUCCCAAGUAAACGUGAA